GCUGGGGCCAGUAUAAAAGAGGCACGGAGGACUGGGAGGGAUUCCGGAGACCCCGAGGCCAUAAGGGAAACUGAGGCACGCACACACAGGUGCUCAUGGCGAGCUGGGCCCUACGCAUGGCGAUGGUGCUGGCAGCACUGGCAGGGGCAGUGGGUGAGAGCCGCUAUGAGAAGUUCCUGCGGCAGCAUGUGGACCACCCCCAGACAUCCGCGCUUGCGGCGCACCGCUACUGCGAGACCAUGCUGGCGCGCCGGCAAGUGACAGCCCCAGGGCGGCCCUGCAAGCCCUCCAACACGUUUGUGCACGCACCAUCUGAGGAGCUGGUGGCCGCCUGCACCCAGAUGCCAGACGCAAUGGGGUUCCACAGCACCCCAACCCCCAUGAGCCUCACAGCCUGCCGCCUGAGGGGGAGGGACACUCGGCCCCCUUGCGCCUACCGGGCCCGGCAGGUCCAGCACCAUGUACGUGUCGCCUGCCUUGACGGGCUGCCCGUGCACCUCGCUGGCACCUACGCGCCCCCCCAGUGAGGCUUGAUGUGUGGGGGGCUGUAGGUGCGGAUGUGGAUUCUCCCUCCCACUGGGGGCUCCGUUAGGGCUUGUAAUAAAGGAGAUGCCACAGG